AUGACAAGCCCUUCCGAUACGAUCCUUAUAGACGACGAGGAGGAAUCGACAAGCCUCGAGCCAGGUAGCUCACGACUUCGGACUGGCGCUCGUCCUGAUUAUAGCUACCAGAAAUUUGAGAACAUGAUCGACGCAUUAGUCGACAAGGAGGGGGAUACAACCCCAUCUCGAAAACGCAGAAGAACCGAAACAGAUGAAACGUCUGUCUUCGUGAGUGUUUCUCACAAUUUUCAUGCCCUGAUUUUCCUUGGCCUAAUAAUCUACCAGGAGAACAUUUUCAAGAAGCUUGGGAAGACAGUUCGCCAUAAGAUCCAACAGCUGCAGGACAGGACCCAAGUACUCCAAGAUGAACUUCGCCAGGAGAGGAAGAGCCAUCGGAAAACCCAAGGAGAGCUUUACCAGGAACGACAGAAGCGAAAUUUUAAAUGCAAGAUCUGCUACGAGCAGCCAGAUCGCUGGGUGACGAUUUCUUGUGGGCACAUGUUCUGCGAAUCAUGCACAGAUAAACUUCAAAGGCCAAAGAAGUGUCCUAUUUGCCGAGCUCCAAUCACAGGAUACAUUGAGUGUUUACCCUUUGCAGGAUAA